ACGCGCCACAUCCCGCCGGACACUUGACAGCCAUGCCGCGCCACUACUCACGGUGCGACACGACGGCCACGCACUCGGGCGACGAGACGUCGCCGGGGCGCAUCUCGCGCACGUCGAGGCUGGCGCCGUCGACGGCGAGCGUGUAGCUGAGCGGCAGCAUGCGGGGCAGCUCAGCGCGGCGUCAAGGUGGGCAUGAUGGUGGUGGUCGUGUGGAGAGCGGCCAAUCUUGAUUGCGCCACGAUCUGUACCCGAGGCGUGGGAACAGCGGGCCUCUGGCGCACGGGCCCUGCCUGCGGGUCACGUCAACCUCCACGCCUGCCUCCGCACCACAAUGUCAUCCGACCCACACGCGGCGCCGGCGCUUGCACGCUGGCUCGGCGCACUGCGCGCCGGCGCACUGCCCGACAAUGCGCAGGCAUACGCAGCGCUGCACGCCGUCGCCGCGCAUCUCGACGGCCUGGCGGCAACGACGAGCGAGGCGCCCGCGCCCAGCGUCGCGCCCGAGGCGCCGCCGCGCGCACGGCCGGCGCUCAAUCCUCGCACGCGCGAGGUGCUCACCGAGCUGGCGGCGGCCGCACGCGAUGCUGCCAAGUGGCUCUACGGCGGGCGCCAGGCGCCGCGCGAGGAGCGCCUCGUCGACACGCGCGACGCCGCCGAGCGCGAGCGCGACGAGGCGCCGCGCGGCAACGAGAAUGAGCAGUGGCAGCGUCUGAUCUGGCUUGUGCGGCGCGCCAGCGUCUCGGUAGAUGUCGACGUGGG